GGCCAUAUUGGAAUCCAUCAAGUCGGUUUGCACUUUGAUGGUACUGAGUGUAUGUCGUUUUGGGAGUCUCUAAAAUCGCUACCCCCAAUUUAUAUCGGAGUAUUUGUGCCAGGCAUUCCAGUUGAGACCCUGUCAAUUCUGGACGACGAGUUGUCUCCGUUCUUUUGUGGGGAAAAAUGAGUCCAACAGAUGCUAAACGAGGAGCUAAACGCAGGAAGAACAAGCGGGGCGGUGGCAGUAGCUGCAGUACUGUCUGCAACACCAGCGGUGGCAAGGCCGGGGUUGCCUCGGCCUUAGGUUCCCCGGGAACAGCAGCACCUGCAUCUGUCGUCAGCUUCUUAACACCUGGCAGCGCUGGCAGUGGGAACAUAGGGUCCAUCGCGGGUUUAAACGGAGAGGUCCCAAUGAACAAUAACGUUACACCACAAUUUUCCGAGGGGCCAGUGAAUGCUGACUUCUCUGGAGUUCUUCAGACCCCAUUCACCUUUGGCUUAAACCAGCGGGCUCCCUACACAGCUGGUGAUCGCUGCCUCUUAUGCAGAUGUGAGCGCAAAGACAGUGUCCUGCCAUCAGAGGCAGGGGUCUCAGGCCAGAAUGGUACAACACAGCCCAGCAAGACCCCCAGUGCUCUCCAGUUGCCUCUGUGGGUGUGCCCCAACUGCAGGCGCACAGUGGAGAAGGAGGACCGCCACACUGCUCUGGAGCAGUCAAUGGGGAACCAGGACUUCCUUUUGCACAUGCCCGUUGGUAAUGGAAACCUGGGGCAGGAACCACCGACAGGGGACAGAUUGACCACUGCUGCACCGACGCUACCCAUGCUCCCUGCUCCUGACCUCACCGCGCCAAUGCCUGCUGACACUGUGUGCAGCUGUGAGGCCUGCAACGAGAGACGGGAGAUCUCUGCCGAGUCAGAAAGGGAGUCGCAGCAGCUGCAGAACCACUGGUCGGAGGUCCGCUACCUGGUGCGUUGCAUCUACCGCCAGACAGGAACACCGCUGGCAGAUGACCAUGACCAGCCUCUGGACAGAGACAAGGAGAGCAUGAAGGAGCUGGUGGACAGACUCUGUGCAAAGGACCCCUACCAGCUGUAUCAGCGGCUUGAGCAGCAGGCCCGUGAAUAUGUCUUGGAAAUGAAGGUGCGGCUGCUGAAGCACUUAUCUGCUGGCUCCAAGGCCACAGGGCCAGUGGGGACUGUGGCUGCAGCCCAGGGCCCCCCUCAGGCCCACCAGUUUAUCUCUUUGCUGCUGGAGGAGUAUAGCGCCCUCUGCCAAGCUGCACGCACCAUCAGCAGCUUCCUACUCACCCUGGAGAAUGAGCACCUACAGAAGUUCCAGGUGACGUGGGAGCUGCACAACAAGCACCUUUUUGAGAAUCUGGUGUUCUCCGAACCCAUCUUGCACAGCAGUUUACCUGCACUAGUUGCACAGCUGAAACAUGGCACAGCUUCGCAUGAUUCCUACAGUGAGGAUAUGUACAGGACCUUGUUAGAAAGCUACCAGCAGCUGCAGCAGGAGAUGGCUGCAGUGGCUGCUGAGUGGCACGAGUGUGAGAAGAGGAUUGAUGAUUACGUGGAUGAACAGCUGCUUUUUAAGGUGGAGGGUCAGAGUCUUACCAACCAAAGAACAGAGCCACACAAGUCUUUAAUUAGUAAAAAUACUUUGAAGACUAAGCAGCGAAUGCUAAAGGAGGAUUGGGAAUUCUUUAAACAGAGAAGAUUUAUAGAAGAACAGUUACCCAGUAGUAAGAAGUCCAUCACUGGAGAUAACAACUUCACAGACACUAUGAGAAUGCUCUCCUCUCGUCUGAGUAUUCCAGACUGUCCAAACUGCAAUUAUCGUCGAAGGUGUACAUGUGAUGACUGUAGCCUUUCCCACAUCCUGACAUGUGGCAUCAUGGACUCUCCCAUUGCCGAGGACCUCCACAUCAAGCUGCCCCUACAAGGGGAACCGCCCCGGGACUACCUGGAGGAGGUGCACCCGCCCAGCCUCUCCUCUGGCAGCUCUGCGUCGGGCUCCAACUCCAGUUCCCCCAUCACCAUUCAGCAGCAUCCGCGGCUCAUUCUGCCUGAAGGGGAUGCAAACACUUUUAUUAGCGAUGAUGAUGAAGUGCCUCCACUGUCGACCAAAUUUGGAGACAUCUACCCUAUGAGUGGCUAUGAGGACCCUGGCAUUGUGGCGUCUACAGUGAAUGGUCUCCACAGUGAGCUCAAUGGAGGAGGGGAAAAUGUGGCGCUAAAGGAAGGGUCUCCUCAUGGCAUUAGCAGCAGCAGUAGUUCAUCAGAGGGUGAUGAGGAGGAGGCUGAUGGGGAGAGUGGCGGGGAGCCUCCAGGGCAGCAGGGUGAGCUCUCUUCAGGAAAGAGUAACAGUCCUCCACCAUCUUACAACCACCAACAGGUAGAACAGGUCCAGCAUGCCUGCGAGUGCCAUGUGUGCAACCAGGACCCCAGCUCCUCCACCCUGGGCCCUGCUACAUGCCUGCCCCCUAGUCGGCUCCACACCGCGCCUCCCCCUGCUGUUGGACACCAGUUCUUCACAGACAGCAAGACUCCCCCUGCCCACCCUGCCCUCCACCUCUACCCCCAUAUCCAUGGCCACCUGCCCCUGCACAACUUGUCCCACCUCCCCCGGCCCCUGUUGCAUCCUACACUCUACUCACCUAGUCCUCCUCUUGCGCACAACAAGCCUCUCCCUCCAACCCCUACAUCAAACCACUCAGUGGCCAAGCAGCCAGCCUUUAGCCCAUCAUUACCGGAGCAUGUCUACCAGAACUGCUUUGGUGGAGCAGGUGGAGCUGGUGACUGGAACAGCUCACUGCAGUGCCUCUCGCUCAAGUUUGAGAACCUGUGGGACGCUGCUGUGAUGAAGAGCUGGAACCCAUCUGUGCUCCUGCCAGAGUCCCUGCCAGGUGACAUGCUUGGACCACCUCUCCCUGAUGUACACCUCCCCCCAACCACAUCCAUUGGCCCCCACGGGGAACACCCUACAAUUCCUACCCCUCUACCCCCUUCCUCCUCCUCUUCCUCAUCGUCAUCAUCAUCGUCAUCAUCCUCCUCCUCCUCUUCGGAAGCCAAAGAGCAGAAGAAGAGUGGCGCAAAGAAGAAGUGUCUGUAUAAUUUCCAGGAUGCCUUCAUGGAGGCCAACCGAGUGGUGAUGGCCACCUCAGCCUCUACAGCUUCUGUGUCCUGCACUGCCACCACUGUCCAGUCAAGUAAUAACCCACCCAUCCACCUACCAUCUAAAAGACCCGACUCUUUAGAUGAUGUAUUUCACAAUCUAGGUAAAGAGGACCAUAGGCAAUCCACUGCAGUCGCCCCUAGAAAUAGCUCCACAGGGCUGGCCUCCCUUCCUCCACUCUCAGGCCCUGCCUUGCCCCCAGCAUCGACCGCACACCUCCCCGCAAUGGGAACACAGCCCUUUCCAAAGAUGGCCACACCAGCCCCAGGCUUUGUGGAGACCCACCAAGGUCUGUGUCUGCCCCCUGCUGAACCUCCAGCCUCCACAGCAGAGGGUCCUGUCAGUGCCCCACCCAGUGUCUGCAGUGAUCCUGACUGUGAAGGCCAUCGCUGUGAGGGGAACGGGACAUAUGAGCACCAAGCCUAUGAUGGUGAGGAAAGCCAGGAUGAGGACAGCUGCUCUGAGCACAGCUCCUCCACUUCCACCUCCACCAACCAGAAGGAAGGAAAGUACUGUGACUGCUGCUACUGCGAGUUCUUUGGCCAUGGCGGGCCCCCAGCUGCUCCUACCAGUCGUAACUAUGCAGAGAUGCGGGAGAAGCUGCGCCUGCGUCUGACCAAACGGAAGGAAGAGCAGCCCAAGCGUGAGGAGCAGCAGCCAACGCUGGAACGAGACGGAGGGGUAGAGGACCACAGGAGGGUAGAGGACCUGCUCCAGUUCAUCAACAGUGCAGACAAUAAGCCUGCCUCCAGCUCUAAGGCAGCCAAACGGGCCAGGCAUAAACAAAAGAAGAUGGAGGAGAAGGCACGUCUGGAGGCAGAGGCCCGUGAGAGGGAGGAGCAGCAGUUGCUGGAGGAGCAGCAGCGGCGGCAGCGACAGGAAGAGGAAGAGGCAGAACUCCAAAGGGAACUCCUCCGGCUGCAGGAAUUGCAGCAUCUCCGUGCUGCCAAGAAGAAAAAGAAAGAGAGAGCUAAGGAAAAUACUGCUCCCCCUCAAAACAACCCACAGCCCCUGAAACAGACGGCUCAGAACGUUCUAGAAAACCUUCAGAACGGCAAAUCGCAGCUCCUCCAAACCCUCAUCCGCCUCCCUGACCACAAGGAGCCAAAAUUUGACCCUGCACCCCGGUUCAACACACAGCACAGCCCAAAAAGCACCAGUGACAAGGUGCUUGCUACUGAAACUACCACCCUCAGCUCUCCAGCCGCCCUCCACAAUGGCACGUCUUCAGUUCAACCUGAGGUUAACAAUAAAGUUAAGGCCAAGCAGUCUGCCAAGACACCCGCUUGUGAGGCUGUUGUAAAGAAAGCUCCAGAGACGGCCAAGUGCUCAGACAUGCCAACCAAGCUAGCGAACGGCACCGCCACUACACCAGACACCAAAGCAACACGAACCAGGGCUGCAGAGGCCCUGGCCCCCCUCCCAACCACUGAACCCAGGAAGGAGGAAAGGAGUAACAACAGUGGCAGCAGCGGAAAGAGGCAGCAGCAGCAGCAGCAGCAGACCCAAACCCAAAUCAAGGAAGAGAGAAGAAGUCCACCCAUGUCCAACCCCUCCCCAUCUCCCCCUCCAGCCUCCCAAUCUGAGCAGACCCAGCAGAAUGGCAAGCCUCCCAGCGCCGAGUCCCCACAGCCCAAGGGCAAGACCAAAAAGAACAAGAAGAAGAAAGGGGACAAGAUGAACAACUCAAUAGAUGACGUGUUCCUGCCCAAAGACAUCGAUCUGGAUAGUACUGAGAUGGAUGAGACUGAGAGGGAAGUGGAAUAUUUCAAAAGGUUCUGCUUGGACUCUGCCCGGCAGACCCGUCAACGGCUUUCCAUCAACUGGUCAAACUUUAGUUUGAAGAAAGCUACGUUUGCCGCACAUUGAGGAUGUUAGCGAGUGACUGUGUCAGGACGCAAUCAGUACCCUAACAGCCAAACCCACCCCCACCCAACUGUUGUCCUCCCAUCCCCUCUCUUCUGCUGUGUCCAAAUCACACCCAUGCUGCCUUGCUUUGUUCUUGUCGCUGUGUGAUUUCACCACAAACCCAUCUGGACUGAUCCUCUUGCAGCACUAAGACAUAUGAAAUGAAAAGACACACACACACACACAAAAAAAAAAAAUCACAAAAUGCUACUUUCUAUCUGAUUAAUUUUCCUAGCGUGCUUGUGUGCUUUUAGUCUGAGUUGGGCAUUUCUCUUGACUGAAAAAGCCAGGGUCUGAAAUUAUUUUCUUAUAUUGGCUUACCUGUAGUCAAAAGAUGCUUACUAUGUUUGGAUGCCCCCCACCCCACCCACCCACCCGCCAAAAAAAAAGACACAAUGGAAACAAAAAAAAGAGAAAUGUGAUGAAUUAAAAGCUGUAAUUGAGUUAUUGUGGCUUACUAUCCCAUUGUUUCCAGUUGUCCCUUGCACGGCAUCUCAUCAACAUAAUUGACAAGGGAAUGGGCUUGGUCAGCUGGUCUCCGCUCCCCCAACAUGUUACUUCACAGAGGAGUGAGGCAUAAUACUUGACAAUGUUCUUUUUUGGUUUUUCAGUUCUGUUUAACAAACUGUUGAGUAAAAGUGUACCAGUUACAGUUUUUGUUUUCUUUCUUUUUGACCUGUAGCCAGCUUGUAUCAGAAUACUUUCAGAAUGAAAAUGAAAAAGAACAAUACUCACACUAUCAAUCUGUUAUAGAGUGUAUAUUGUAUUAACACUGAAGCCAAACUGGCUACUUUUUAACAUAUUGUUAAGUAAUAUUAAAUCUUGUCUUUCUUUUUGAAAGAUGGAAUACAGUAGUAUGGCAGGA